CAGGCUAUAAAUUCUUAAGGAAUCAGCAGCAGGGAAGCAAUGAAACUAAUCUUACUACUAUUUGUUUUUAUUGCGUUCCACCCGAUUCACCCUUUGGGCUAAUCCGGAUUUGAGAUCAAUUCUAGUCGGUUAAGUUCCAAUUCCCUUUCAAUUGUUGUUGCGAGAGUCUGAACACAGGACCUUCCUACCAAGUGUAGUCCCUAUCACUACUACACCAACAUCCAAUCGGUAAAAUGUAAAAUAUUUGUGAAACAAAUGCUUUAACUUGUUUUGAUGUUCUUCGCCAAAAUAUAUAACCUACAAAAGUUUACCUAAACAAAAUAAAAUCUUACACCAAUAAUAAAAUCUCUACAUAAAAUUAUAUAAAUAUUGAAAGUUCAACAUGAAAGACAAAACAGAGAAAAAGAAUUAAAACUUUCAAUAUUAAUAUAUUAUAACCCCAAGACCUACCUACGCUUAAUAAGUCGUCGUUUUCUCGUAGCAUUACUACAAUAUAAAUAGCCAUGAUCAUGAACCAUACUAAAUCAAAAAAGUUUGAAUUAAUAAGCAAAGAAAAAAAAAACCUCCAAAAAGAAAAACAAAAAUCACUUUAGAAUAUUCUAAAGAAGUAGAAGAAAAAAAAAAGAUGAUGAUGAACACAAACGAUAUGUUCAUGCAAUUUGGGUCAUUUCUAGCAACAAUGAUGUUCGUAAAGGCCAUGUACGAGCAAUACCUCCCUCAUCAAUGGCGUGAUUCGAUCCGUUCAUUUAUGUAUCGAUACACGGAGAGAAUAGUAAGGUUUUUCUCUCCGUAUCUUCAUAUAACCUUUGAAGAAUAUACCGGGGAAAGGUUUAGUCGGAGUGAGGCUUACAUAACCAUACAAACUUACCUUAGUGAAAAGACUUCGGAUAAAGCGAGGGGAUUAAAGGGUAAUUUUGUUAAGGAUGGUAAGGCGUUAGUGCUUGGAUUAGCUGAUAACGAGGAGGUGACCGAUGUCUAUCAAGGUGUUAAGGUAUGGUGGACUAGCCAUAAGAGUUUUGCUAAGUCUCAAACCAUUACUUUCUACCCUGGAAUGGAUGAAAAAAGGCAUUAUCAACUUACAUUCCAUGGAAGUAACAGAAAGUUUGUCACUGAAACAUACUUGAAUUACAUUUUAGUCGAAGGCAAAGCAAUCACAAUCAAGAACAGGCAAAGAAAAUUGUUCACCAACGUAAAAGAAAAAAGUGGAUCAUACUAUAGUAGAGGAAGCUUAUGGAGCCAUGUUGAGUUCAAGCAUCCGGCUUCUUUCGAAACCCUAGGUAUGGAAGAGACCAAGAAAAAUGCCAUCAAAAAUGACCUCCUUCGCUUUAGAAGUGCUAAGGAUUACUAUAACAAAAUCGGAAAGCCAUGGAAGCGCGGUUAUCUCUUGUAUGGACCUCCUGGCACUGGCAAAUCAACCAUGAUUGUAGCCAUUGCUAACUUGUUGGAGUAUGACAUUUAUGACCUUGAGCUAACCGCGGUUAAAGACAAUACUACGUUAAGGCAGCUACUCAUUGAGACUUCAGGGAAGUCGAUAGUUGUGAUUGAAGAUAUUGAUUGUUCUCUUGAUCUUACUGGAGAAAGAUCAACGACAAAGAAUGAGAAGAAGGAUGAUGAAGGAGAAGAUGAUAAGGAGAAGGUUAAGAAGAAGAUGAAAGAUGAAGGAGAAAGCAAAAAAAGUGAGGUAACUCUUUCAGGGUUGUUGAAUUUUAUUGAUGGAAUUUGGUCUGCUAUUGGAGAAGAGAGGCUAAUUAUAUUUACUACUAAUCAUUUUGAGAAGCUUGAUCAAGCACUUAUUCGAAGGGGGCGAAUGGAUGUUCAUAUUGAGCUUUCGUAUUGUUGUUUUGAGUCGUUUAAGAUGCUUGCGAAUAAUUAUCUAGAUGUUAAGUCGCAUCGUUUGUUUGAUACUAUAAAGGGCUUGUUAGAGGAGACGAAGAUGAACCCUGCUGAUGUUGCUGAGAGCUUGAUGCCCAAGUCUCUUGAGUUAGAUGUUGAUGUUUGUUUAGGAAAUUUGGUGAAAGCUUUGGAAAAGGCGAAAUUGGAUGAUCAAUCGAAGAAGGAAGAGGAGGAAAAAAAGGAGAAGGAGAUGAAAGCAAAAAUAGAGGCUAAGGAAGAAGGGAAGGAGGAACAAGAAGAAAAUGCUAAUGAGAAUAAGACUAAGAAUGACGAAUAAUGUAUGAAAAAAAAACCAUGAUGUUGGGGAGAAGGGGAUUUAGUACGUACUUGUUAUUAAGUGAUACCUCAUGUUGUCAUAUGUAUUUUGCAAUUAAUUAUAAACCUUAGUUAUAAUCAAA